AUGAAAGAACCUGCAAUCCCUCGCCAUCUGCAAUCCAAUCUGUUGGCCCAACGAUCAAAAAACAAUCCAAUCCACAAGCCACAAACACCAUCGUCUGCUUUCUUCAAACAACAACAACCACCACCACCCACUGACUUUCAUGGAAAGCGACCGGUUGAGCCAUGUCUUGAUGAACCAUUCGAUCCAAGCAGUAGACACUCAGAGGUCGCAACAAACAAGAGUACACGAACCUCUCCUCGUUCGUCAUUUACAUUCGAGUGUGAUCAAUCACAACACCCAUUGCAACUUGUUGACAUUUUACAAAACGUGAUGAGUUUCAUUCAUGAUGAAUACUUCUUGUCCACCAUUGUAAGCUUAAUGUGUUGCAACAAGACCAUUGCUGGAGAAUGUUUGAGUCAAGAAUCAGCCAAUCGAUUGUGGAAAGAUCGAUUGCUCAAUGUCACUUCCAAAGGAUUGGUUGAUUUUGUGACAAGAGAUCUUGUUCAAAGAUUUUCGAAUUUGAUCACAAGACAUUCCAAAUUGAUUGUGAAUGGAUGUCACACUCUCGAUACAAGCACCAUUGGAUUGUGUGAAGCUUUCCAUAGAGUGACUCUUAUUGGUGUUUCUUUCACUAAUCGAUCCAUCAGUGACUUGUUGGGAAGAAGAAGCCACAUUCAAAGUCUCACUUUUGAAAAUUGUCAAUUCCGAUCAGGAGAAACGUCCAAGACUCGAAUUUCAUCUGAGCGUUUGACAAAUGUCUCAUUGAAUAACUCUCUCCCAUUGUUUUCCAUCGUUGAGAAGCAUCUACCGUGCAUUGAAACAUUAGAAUGCAAUGGUUAUUUGAAAGAAAAAGAAUUGCAACUCAUGGAAAAUCCUUCGUUUGGUACACGUUUGAAAACUUUGAAAUUGUGGAAAAAAUUCCCAUCGACUGUGAAUAUUAACAACAACAACAACAACAACAACAAUAGACUCUUCCCACACAUUUUGAAAAUUGAGCACAUGUCAGCAUUGACUUCAUUAACCAUUCCCAAUUUGUAUUCUGUUCAAUCCAUUCCUGUCAAUGUCCAACAUUUAAGUCUGUGCCAUUGUCAACAAGAUACAUUGAGUCAAGCCAUUCGCAAACCACUUUCUCACAUCUCUUCCCUUACCAUUUAUCAAUUGUCAUUGAAUCCAGGUUUGUCAUUGUCAACCUUAAUUAAGGCCUUUUGUACAGCUUUUCCAAACCUCAAAUAUCUCACUUUGCCAGAAUCUAUUCUUCAAAAUUCAUUGGCAAACGUUCAUCCAAACUCUUCAACCUAUUUAACUGGAUCGUCACUGAAUGAACCUUCCGAAUUGUGUAAAAUCAAUAUUUUACAUUCUGCAAACGCAUGGCCCAUGUUUGUGAAUGGUCUUCUCUAUGAGUUGAGUCUUUCAUUCCCUAAUUGCAAUUUCAUGACGAGCUUGGAGAAAGUUGUGGAAGGUGCACAUUGUGACAUUUCAAGAAUCGAUUGGAACAUGUCAAAAACAAUCUAUUACUUUCAUCUUGAGAAUUAUUUCAAGAAAAUUCAUCGAUGGUAUCAACUCUAUCAUGAUCAACCCAAAUUACGAAGCAAAAUUGAUGAAAUGCGACAGGGCAUUGUCAAAUUGUGUACUCUCCAAAUUGUGGAAUCUAACAAGCAACAACUAGCUGAAAUAUUGGGCAAUUUAAAUGACCAAGUGAUCGAAUUCGAAGGAAUGAAUCUCUACCUCCAGAAUAUCGUUGAUUUAAGAAGAGAACAAUUGAACAUCUUUUUGGAUUUUAUGAACUCGGCUCUCGAAUAUCCCGUGUCUCAAAAAGCAUGUCGCAUCAUUCAGGAGCUUACUGAAUUGCAAAACAAUUCCAAAGAACGAAUUCAUGUCGAUAUGAGGAGUGAACAAGUGAAGAAGAGUGGCAUUGGAACAUUCACUUGUCAUGCUGCUUCGAAUGACUCUGUGAGUCAGUACAUUCUACAAGGUAUUGAAGAACUUUCUCAAUGCGUGAAAGAAAUGGAGAAUAUCUUAAUGACCAUGUUUCAUACGAGUUCAAAAGUGUUGAGACGUAAUGAAUGGUAUUCCAAUGAUAUUAUUGAAGUGUAUGAUGAACCUGGAGAGGAGAAUCAUCUUUUUGAUAUUCAAUUUGAUGAAAUGACUGAUACCUCGGAUCAUGAGGAUGAAGAAUCAGAGAGUGAAUUUGAGAUGAUGAACGAUGGUCAUGAAUCCAUUGGUUGUUAA